AUGUUAAAAAUAUUCAUUUCAGGGCCCAUAAGGAAAUCUACAAGCAUGGAUUCUGGUUCUUCAGAAAGUCCCGCUAGUCUGAAGAGAGUAGCGUCGCCAGCAGCCAAGCCAGCUGUUUCUGGAGAAGAAUUUAUUGCCAUGUACACUUACGAGAGUUCUGAGCAAGGCGAUUUAACCUUUCAGCAAGUGGAUGUGAUUUUGGUUACUAAGAAAGAUGGUGACUGGUGGACAGGAACAGUGGGCGACAAGUCCGGAGUCUUCCCUUCUAACUAUGUGAGGCUUAAGGACUCAGAGGGCUCUGGAACUGCUGGGAAAACAGGGAGUUUAGGAAAAAAACCUGAAAUCGCGCAGGUGAUCGCCUGCUACAUGGCCACCGGCCCUGAGCAGCUCACUCUGGCCCCUGGUCAGCUGAUUCUGAUCCAGAAAAAGAACCCAGGUGGUUGGUGGGAAGGAGAGCUGCAAGCACGUGGGAAGAAGCGCCAGAUAGGCUGGUUCCCUGCUAAUUACGUAAAACUUCUAAGCCCCGGGACAAGCAAAAUCACUCCAACGGAGCCCCCGAAGCCGACAGCGCUCCCGCCAGUGUGCCAGGUCAUCGGCAUGUAUGACUACAGCGCCCAGAAUGAUGACGAGCUGGCCUUCAGCAAGGGCCAGAUCAUCAACGUCCUCAACAAGGACGACCCCGACUGGUGGAGAGGGGAGGUCAGCGGCCAGGUGGGGCUCUUCCCCUCCAACUACGUGAAGCUGACCGCGGACACGGACCCAAGCCAGCAAUGAAUCAUAUGUUGUCCAUCCUGCCCCCCCCCCCAGGCUUGAAAGUCCUCAAAGAGACCCACUAUCCCAUAUCACUGCCCAGAGGGAUGAUGGGAGAUGCAGCCUUGAUCAUGUGACUUCCAGCAUGAUCACCUACUGCCUUCUGAGUAGAAGAACUCACUGCAGAGCAGUUUAUCUCAUUUUACCUUAGUUGCAUGUGAUGACAGUGUCGAGCUAUUACUUACAGAGCUAGAAGCGAACCUUACAAAAAAUACACAGGGUAGUGGGUCCUUUUGUGGCUUUCCUAGUGACUCAAAUUGAUGUCCCCCCCCACCUUUGCACAGGUGCUUUCAGUAGUUUUAAAAGUGUUUUUUAAAAAAACUAUAUUUUAGCCUUUUAAUAAAAAUCAAUCAAUUA